AUGAAGAUGAAUUGUGCUUGCAUAAUACUGUUUCUCAUAGUGUGCACGUUGUGGACUAUCGGAGGGACUUUGUCGUGCGACCAGUGCGGCAGAGAAUGCGCCGACAUAUGCGGCACUCGACAAUUUCGGGCUUGUUGUUUCAACAACAUGAAGAAGAGGCAGUACGACGUUGGACUGAAAUUGUGGACGAGGCCCCGCCGUUAUACGAUACGCUUGCACCCGGAUUACGAUGCACAAUAAUUAAUCGACGGCAUUGUUUAACAUCCACACGUUGAUUUUAUAAAAUUGCACAGCAUUUUUGUUUUGUUUUUUUGGCUAGGCGCUUCAAUA